AUGACACGGCACACGCACGACACUCACGCUACUGGCGACCGCAUCGACCACGUACUCGACCUCGCAUCCGAACUCUUCCACCUGCCCACGCCGACAGCGGCACACUGGACACCCGCACACGCACACGGCGACGAUCGAGUCUCGCAACUGCACCUGACGCUCUCCCAGCGCUCCCUCUCGUCCCUCUCCAAGCGCACGCUCACCCAAUCCGUCACCCUCUCCCCCUCACUCACCGUCCUCGCCUCUACCCCUCCCACCGACCGCUCCGACUCGAUAAAGCAUGUCGCCUUCUCGCCCGACGGGAAGAAGCAGGCGGUCUUCCGUGUCACGCCCGCGAAGGAGGGCAAAGCGGAGAAGAGGAGCAUCGAGGUUGUGAGCGCCGAGAGCGGGAGGGUCGAGUGCGAGGUCGAGUGCAAGAGCGAGGUACACGGGGAUUGGUACUUUGACAGCACCUUCGGCUCCGUCGCAUGGCACCCCUCCUUCCAAGCCCUCGUCUACCGUCCGUCAAAAGACAAGUUCGUCUACACCGCCGACUGGGGCGAGACUUUCACCGGCAAGAAGUCCCCGAGGCUCUUCCUCCUCCUCUUGCCCAACUCGCCUUUCUCUUCGCUCCUCUCCUCCUCCAAGCCCUCGAUUCACCGCCUCACCAACGAGGGAAACACCUCGUACGGCCAACCUUCGUUCCUCCCCGACUCGCCCGAGGGACUGCCAAGGCUGGUAGCGACGGGAUACGAUGCCUUGCCGGAUGGGCGGAAGUUGGGGAUUGUGUAUUGUACGAAUCGGCUCGCGAGGGUUUGGGUUCUCGAACUAGGUGUCGAGGAGCGCGAGGGGAAGGAGGGCGAGGGAGAGAGGGAGAAGACGUUCAAGGUUACCAAGACCCUUCCCGUCUCACCAGCCGACCGCUCCUCCCGCUCCCCGCGCGUCGUACCCUCAUCCACAACCGACUCAGCCCAGAUCGUCUACCUCUCCAAUAUCCUCGGUUCAGUCCACGCCUCCUGCGCGCAACUCCACUUCGCCUCCCUCUCCCCCUCCGAAGACCGCGUCCUAGUCAAGCAAGUAGACGCACCGACUCCGGACGACGACUUCCCGGGGUUGUAUGUCGACCAACUCCCCUCGCAGCCUUUCGUCCACGUCGGGGAAGAGGAAGGAUGGAGCGUCGUCGCUGCGUCGUCCUGGCGUUCUCGUCGCGUUCCCCUCCUCAUCUCCCUGACCACCGGCCGCGUAACCUCCCUCGCGCCCUGGCCCGCCGCCCACCCCGAAUCCGACGCAGCACUCCCUUACCUCUCCGUCCAACAAGGCGAGCUCGAGAGUUUCAACGUGCUUGGGACGGACGGGGUGGGGAGGGUCGUGGCGGUGAGGAGUGGAUGUGGAACGGUCGGGAGAGUUGUGGUUGCGGAUUUGGGAGGGAAGGGCGUCGAGUGGAAGGUUGUGAGGGAGGCGGGGGUGUCGGAUGAGCUUGCCGCCGCCCUCUCGCGCAUCUCCUACACCGUCCUCCCGCUCCCUCACUUCGCACCCUCCGAGUUGAUCCUCGUCUCGCCCAUCCCGAUCGACCCAACAGCCGAAUCGCGCCCUAACCUCCCACCGCUCAUCGUCUACCCACACGGCGGCCCACACUCAACCUACACGACCGACUUUUCUUACGCUGUCGCCGCACACGUUCUAGCGGGUUACCGCCUCGUACUCGUCAACUACCCCGGCUCGACCGGAUUCGGACAACACACCAUCUCUGCCCUCCCCGCACGUCUGGGCGAAUGGGAAGUCGAAGCGACCCUCGCUUCGGCGCACUACCUCAACGCUCUCUCGCUCGCUUCUAGAACGAAGGGGAAGAGGUUGUUGAUGGGCGGGUCGCAUGGGGGUUGGAUUGCGUGUCAUUUGAGUGCGAGGUGGGCCGACGAGUGGGACGCGGUGGUUAUGAGGAAUCCGGUGACGGAUUUGGUGGGCAAUGCUGGGAUGACGGAUAUUCCGGAUUGGUGCUACGAAGAGACCUCGACUCCCUACUCCCUCUCCUCCCCGCCCACACACCUCACAUCCUCCACCUUCAACACCUUCCACUCCCUCUCGCCCCUCCGUCACGCCUCAAACGUAACAGCCCCCACCCUCCUCCUCAUCGGCGAAUCAGACCGUCGCGUUCCGAAAGACCAAGGUCGCGCGUGGUUUCAUGCGCUCAAGGGGGAGGGAAAAGCCGAAGUCGAGAUGUUGGUCUUCCCGGGGAAUGGACAUCCGGUCGCCGAGACUGUUGAGGCGGAGUGGGUCGCGUUUGAGAGUGGGGUGAGGUGGCUCGCCAAGUACACGGACUUUGAGUGA